ACAUAUGAUGACAGAAAAAAAAUCAUAAACCGCGGGAAAUCUGUUAAACAGUGCAAAUUGUUAAAUGUUAUAUUGAGGUCUUUCAUAUAAAUGCAAAUAAAUUUAUUUAUUAAUUUCAAAAAGUACUAUAGUUAAAAUGGCUUUAUGGGUGGAUAAACAUCGGCCACGCGAACUAUCUAAAGUUGACUACCAUCAAGAACAAGCUGAAAAUUUAAAGAAUUUAUGCCAACAAAGUGAUUUUCCCCAUUUAAUGUUUUAUGGGCCUUCCGGAGCAGGAAAAAAAACUCGCAUAAUGUGCUUGCUAAGAGAAUUGUACGGAGCCGGUGUAGAGCGUUUACGAAAUGAAACAAUGACUUUUACAACACCAUCGAACCGCAAAAUUGAAAUAAUGACUGUUGGUAGUAACUAUCAUUUAGAAGUUAACCCAUCCGAUGCUGGAAUAUACGAUCGUGUCGUAGUCAUUGAUCUUAUUAAGCAAGUAGCGCAAACUCAACAAAUUGAUGUAAACGGUCAACGUGAUUUUAAAGUCAUAGUGCUGUCAGAAGUAGAUGAACUAACCAAAGACGCCCAACAUGCGCUACGUCGUACAAUGGAAAAAUAUGUUGCUACAUGUCGCAUAAUACUUUCUGUUAACUCAACGUCACGUGUUAUACCUGCUAUACGUUCACGUUGCUUGGGCAUAAGAGUAGCAGCCCCAACAGUUGAUGAAAUGUAUAUAGUAUUGCAAGCAACAUGCAAACGCGAAAACCUACAAUUGCCACGAGAGUUAGCAAUGCGAAUAAUUGAGAAAUCAGAUCGUAAUCUUCGCAGAGCUAUUCUUAAUCUUGAAGCUUGUAAAGUCCAACAAUAUCCAUUUACAUCAAACCAAGAUAUUAUAGAACUCGAUUGGCAACUAUUCUUACGUGAAACAGCUAAUCAGAUAAUUCAAGAACAAACUCCAGCUAAGCUGGAAAAAAUUCGAGAAAGGUUGUAUGAAUUGUUGGCUCAAGGUGUGCCACCAGAUAUAAUAUUUAAGUCACUGGUACAGCAGUUAGUUGGUAAUUGCGAUAUGACACUUAAAGCAAAAACAUUGGAAGUUGCAUCUAUGUAUGAACAUCGAAUGCAAAACGGUUCGAAACAUAUUUUUCAUCUUGAAGCAUUUGUAGCACAAUUUAUGAGUAUUUAUAAAAAGUUUAUAGAUGAUUCAAUGAUGAUGGAUGAUUUUUAA